GCAAAGAUGAGCCACGGAGACCGUUACACCUCGUCAUCCUACCGGAAGAUUUUCGGGGAUUCUCCAAAGUUCCCCGUCUCGGCCUCUCGCAUGGGCAGCUCCUCUCCUCGGGGCUCCCCCGGGCUUCGGUCCAUGGCUGUGUCCCGCAACAGCGCGUCCUCCCUGAGCCUGUACCGACGGGUCGGCCGCUCCGCCUCCUACUCUCCGGUGCCCACCGACUCCCUCGACCUGACCCAGACCUCCGUGGUCAACAAUGAACUGAAAGUGAUAAGAACUAACGAGAAGGAGCAGCUGCAGGGUCUGAAUGAUCGCUUUGCCAUGUUCAUUGAUAAAGUCCGGCACCUGGAGCAACAGAAUAAGAUGUUAGAGAUGGAACUGGUGACGCUGCGGCAGAAGCAGGGCGAGCCCUCCCGUGUCGCUCAUCUCUACCAGCAGGAGCUGAGGGACCUGCGGUCUCAGGUGGAGGAGCUGAGCAGAGACAAGAACCGCAUCCUGAUCCAGAGGAACAAUAUGGAGGACGAGCUGCAGAAGCUCAGUGUGAAGUAUGAUGAGGAGGCGAGGGCACGCGAGGAAGCCGAGCAGACCUUGAGAUCCUUUAGGAAGGAUGUGGAUGACGCUACAGCCGUUCGCCUGGACCUGGAGCGCCGCGUGGAGUCGCUGAUGGACGAAAUCUCCUUCCUGAGGAAAGUGCACGAUGAGGAGAUCCAGGAGCUGAGCAGCAUGAUGGAGGAGCAGCAGGUUUCCGUGGAGCUUGAGCUUGCCAAGCCGGACCUCACCUCGGCUUUGAAGGAGAUCCGCAACCAGUACGAGUCCAUCGCCUCCAAAAACCUGCAGUCGGCCGAGGAGUGGUACAAGAGCAAAUUUGCCAGCCUCAGCGAGCAAGCCACCAGGAGCAACGAGGCCAUGAGGGCCAGCAGGGAGGAGAUCAGUGAGUUCAGGAGGCAGCUGCAGUCCAAGACCAUUGAGAUAGAGACCCUGAGGGGCGCCAACGAGUCUCUGGAGAGGCAGAUCGCAGAGAUGGAGGACGGACACAAUGCUGAAGUAGCAGCCCUGCAGGACACUAUUGGCCACCUGGAUACCGAGCUGAGGAACCUGAAGGGUGAGAUGGCUCAACACCUGAGAGAGUAUCAAGACCUGCUCAACGUCAAGAUGGCCCUGGACAUUGAGAUAGCCGCCUACAGGAAACUGCUGGAGGGCGAGGAGACUCACUUUAACUCAGGGAUGUCGUUCAGUGCUGGUGCCUCCAGCAUCAGCUACCAGACUCGAGCCUCCCCCGGCUCCUCCAGGAGCAGCAAGAGGGAGAAAGAUGGGGCCACGAAGGAAAGCUUCAAGGAGAGCGGUGAGGACAAAGACGAGGCAGACAUCAACUCCAACAACUGAAGGAAGACAGGCAGGGAAAUCCGGAGACCAUAUAUUGAGUUUAUAGUCACAUACUGUGUUUGAGGGAAACUCCAAGAGUAUAUUUUAA